AUGUCCUCUUCUACGAAGUCCACCGUGCUAUUGUCUCUCCGCCGCUUGGAUGUCUCCGGUGAAACAAGAAAACCGCGUGAUGGCUUUGGUCGGCUUUCGAUCCCAGCCAUGGCAAAUCGCGUACCCUCANAUCNGGUGAUGUANAANCUCUCUNCGGNUGGAGCCUCUGGAUCNGAANNCNCGAACUUACCGAUGACGGUGGAUCUCUCCUGCAUGUCGACGUCGCUAGGCUUUCCGAGCAUGCCUCCACCAAAACCGCCGGAUCCACCGGAAGUAGUCUCGGCCUCUUCGAGCUCUACCUCAAAGCGCCACCACCACCGCGACCUCGCUGCUCAUCACCACCAUCGACGGGUUCUACCCUCAACCCUUCAUCUUUGGCCGAGAUCUCAUGGUGAGAUCUCUUGCUUUAUCAUCUGGGUGACUGAGCUUCACUCGGACUUAAAUCCGUCACAUCUUUCGUGGCGGUGGUCCUCACGUUCUCCGGGCUCACCGACGACAAAGCUCCUCCUCCGUCAUUCGGACUUAAAUCCGUCACACCUUUCGUGGCGGUGGUCCUCAGGAUCUCUGGGCUCACCGACGACAAAGCUCCUCCUCCGCGCUCUAUAUCCUCCCCCUACCGAUGCUGGACUUUUGAGCCAGUAUCCCUCGAAGCCCAAGCAAGACGUAAACCCGACACACCCAAUCGAGUGGCGGUGGUCCCAGAGCCGACUGAACAUUCCGAUGACCAGAUUGCUCCUCCUCCGACAUGUAGGUGGGGCUUUCAUCUCAUUUGUAUUGUUGGGCUGA